AUGCAGCUGGUCAUGUUUGUCAUGUUCUUUGGAGUGUAUUCUGUGACCUUGCUAGGAAAUACCACAUUCAUAAUGUUGAUCUGCAAGGACUCCCAGUUCCAAACACCCAUGUAUUUCUUCAUUGGAAACCUGUCUUUUCUGGAUCUCUGGCAUUCCUCUGUCUACACCCCAAAGAUCCUAAUGACUUGCAUCUCUGAUGACAAAAGUAUCUUAUUUGUUGACUGCAUGGUUCAGUUCUUCUCUGCUGGGCUAGGAUAUACUGAAUAUUUUCUGCUGGGUGCCAUGGCUUAUUAUCACUAUGUAGCCAUCUCAAAGCCACUGUUUUAUUCUCAGGCUAUGUCAGGGAGACUGUGCUUCUGUUUGGUCAUAUCUUCCUAUACUGGAGGUUUUAUCAAUACAACAGUCUUAACCAGCAACAUGUUCACACUGGAGUUUUGCUUUGGCAAUGUCAUUGAUGACUUUUUUUGUGAUGUCUUACCCCUUCUGAUGUUGGCAUGCUCUGUGAGGGAAAGCUACCAGUCUAUGGUUUACUAUAUCCUGACCUCCAAUGUUAUUGCAUCCAUUGUGCUCAUCCUGGCCUCCUACCUUUUCAUCAUCAUUGCCAUAGUGAGGAUCCACUCCACCCAAGUCCACCUCAAGGCCUUCACCACAUGCUCCUCCCAUCUGAUCUCUGACCUUAUACUAUGGCUUCAUUUUCUAUGUUCUAGUUACUCCCUUUAA